CCUUUAAAUUUGCCAUACCCAGGGAAAUCGGUCCCAUGACAGACGUGUUCGUGUUGUGUUGUGUUGUGUUAUUGUUCGCUUUUGUCUCAAAAUACACUGUAACGGAACUAACUUAGGUCAUUACGAAAAAUUCACUGCUUCACAAUGGUCUUUCCCUUAAUAAGUUUCUUCAUAUAGUUUUGGUUAAUUCUGAUUUUGUUGAGGAGAAAGGAUAAGGCGGCCAAUCAUGACUCAUAACCUGAAAAUCUGACAGCAACACCCUCUUUCUCUUUCAAUAUAUAAAAAAGCAGCAACAUAGAGGCAUUCAUCUCAAACUUCACAUUUCGAACCUUCAGUGCUUGAGGUCACAAUGCUGGCCCCUGAUAUUGGAUCAACUAAUGCUGAUACUGAGUCAUCGGCCGAAUCCCCUAGGAAUGUGAGAUCGCGGGAAAAAGCACCUCUAUUAUCAAAAAACCGUUUUUUUAGUGGAUUGCAGAACAUACUUGGUAUGUCAGGAUCUUCAUCCAGUGCUAAUGUUGGUGGAGAUGGCUAUAUUGAAUUUGGAGUUAUGAAUCCAGAUCCAAGCCGAACUUUAGGUACCUUUGCUGGUGUAUUCAGCCCUGUUGCCCUGUCUAUGUUCAGUGCUCUUCUCUUUCUGCGUGUUGGUUUCAUUGUCGGGAAUGCUGGACUACUGAUGACCCUUUUGCAAUUUCUAAUAGCAUACAAAAUUCUUGUCUUUACUGUUGCAUCUAUCUGUGCUAUUUCAACAAAUGGAGCCGUGGAGGGAGGAGGCGCAUAUUUUAUGAUAAGUCGAACUCUUGGUCCUGAAUUCGGAGGUGCUAUUGGAACUCUGUUCUUCUUUGCUAAUGUUGUGAGCAGUGCACUCUACAUUACUGGUUGCACAGAAGGAAUUAUGCAAAAUUUUGGUCCUUCAGGCUACAUGGUUGGUGAAAAUGGAGGCUUGCUGCCAGAUGGGACAUGGUGGAGGUUUUUAUACUGCACUGUUUUAAAUAUUCUCAACCUCGGAGUCUGCUUAAUUGGAGCUGGCAUGUUUGCUAAAACAAGUGCAAUCAUAUUAGCCACAGUGUGUGUUUGCAUUCUAUCCACUUUGGUCAGCUUUUUUGUUAUGGACCCUAUGGAGGUUGCGCUUCCUGACUCCAAUCAUUUGGUUCAAAAUGAAACUUUCCGUAUCAAUGGCACAUUUACUGGUCUAAACUUUAAUACCUUGAAAAGUAAUACCUGGCCACAUUUUGGUCGGGAUUAUACAACUCCAAGUGGUGAUUGGACGCAGUUUGCUUCUGUCUUUGGAGUUCUAUUCAGUGGUGUCACAGGAAUAAUGGCUGGAGCAAAUAUGUCUGGUGAACUGAAAGAACCCGCUAGAAGUAUUCCUAGAGGAACCUUGUCUGCUGUAGCAUUCACUUUUGUGGUAUAUCUUGCCCUUGCUGUCUUAACAGCUGCAUCAUGUAACAGUUUUCUGCUUCAGAACAAUUACUUAUUCAUGAUGCCAAUUAAUGUGUGGCCUCCAUUUGUGGUUAUUGGAAUUUUAACAGCUACAUUCUCUGCCAGCCUCAGUAAUCUUAUUGGAUCCAGUCGUGUCCUUGAGGCCCUUGCCAAAGAUAAUGUGUUUGGUGUAUUGUUAAAAUUUGUUUCCCGUGGUGUUUGGAGUGGUAAUCCCAUUAUGGCUGUUUUUCUGUCUUGGGCCUUAGUAGAGGGUAUAUUAUUGAUUGGCAGCUUAAAUUUAAUUGCUCAGAUAAACUCAGUUUUGUUUCUGUUGUCAUACCUUGCAACUAAUAUGGCAUGUUUGGGAUUGGAACUUGCAUCUGCACCAAAUUUCAGGCCAUCAUUCAAAUGGUUUUCUUGGCACACUGCACUGAUUGGCUUGUUGGGAACAAUAGUGAUGAUGUUUGUCAUCAAUCCAAUUUAUGCAUCGUCAAGUAUUCUUCUUUGUCUUCUCCUUUUUCUGAUGCUCCAUUUCUUUUCUCCAUCAAGAAAUGUUGAUUGGGGUUCAAUUUCCCAAGCACUUAUUUUUCAUCAGGUUCGCAAGUAUUUGUUGAUGUUGGAUUCACGCAAAGAUCAUGUGAAGUUUUGGCGUCCUCAGAUGUUGUUAUUGGUGAACAACCCUCGUGCUGCGUGCCCAUUGAUUCAUUUCAUCAAUGAUUUAAAGAAGGGUGGACUUUAUGUGCUUGGCCAUGUUAAAGUUGGUGAUUUCACAACAUUAGAUGCUGAUCCAACCUUGGAGGAAUACACACACUGGUUAUCAAUUGUUGACCACCUGAAGGUAAAAGCUUUCAUUGAGCUGACAGUUGCCCCAUCUAUCAGAGAGGGACUACAGCAUCUGAUACGUUUGUCUGGUAUGGGUGCCAUGAAACCAAAUACCAUAGUUUUAGGUUUCUAUGAUGAAGAAGAGCCUGUGGAUUUCUUUGAGAGGACACAAUCACGUUACAAAACUAGGGACUUUGAUAAUGUAUCAGUCUCCAGCUCCACAAGUGGAAAAUUAUUUGAACUGAGAACGAGAGAACAUCAACCAAGGUUCAUUGAUCAACAACAGUAUGUAGGGAUGAUUAACGAUGUCCUGAAGCUAAGGAAAAACCUAUGUAUUUGUAGGCACUUCCAUAAACUCGACAAAAUGGCAGUUACAAAGACUGGGCAGUUCAAGCAUAUUGAUGUGUGGCCCAUAAAUCUUUUUACUCCUGAUGAUGAUGACCCAUUUGACACCAGCAGUCUAUUCAUGUUGCAGUUAGCUUGCAUAUUAAACAUGGUUCCUGGAUGGAAGCAUUUAAAUCUCAGGGUCUACCUUUUAGAAUGUGGGAAUCAACGUCGCAACAAUGAACAUCGUUUGCGGCAGCUUCUUCAACAGCUUCGCAUCACUGCUAGUAUUUACCAGGUGGAUGGUUGGACUGAAAAACUCCAAUGUCUUCAAAGAUCAGGUGGUACAGUUUUGCCAACAGCAAUGGAUAACUUUACAUCAAAGCAGGAGUCUCAGGAUUACAUAUCUAGUGUCAAUGAAAUGAUAAGAAAGCAGUCACAACAAACCGCUGCCCUGUUUAUUUACCUGCCCCCUCCACCUGCAGUUGCCCCAGGACAUGCAGAUUACAGUAUGCUACAGGCAGAAUAUUUAGACCUUGUUACUAAACUCACCAAUGAUCUUCCUCCUACUGUAUUUGUGUAUGGUGUAAGUGCUGUAACAUCCACCACUCUGUAAUUUAUCCUCAAUCGGUUUUAGAUCCAUUGUUCGUUUUUCAAUGUGAGAUGUUUACUUCCGCCUCUCUUGAGUAUUAUUUUAAUUUGUCACUGAAUGAGCCAAAAUGUGUACUUCCUGAGACAAAAUGUGAUUAGAUGUGCUGUCUUUGAGCGCAUGUUAAUGAUAGAUUGAAAACUUCAUAUGAAGUAAGUUUUAAGAUAUCUUUUUCUGAAUGAGGGAAAGAAUGCAGUGAAGCAGAUUGAGUUUAUAAAGGAUCUAAGCAAGUUCUUGAUGCCAUACUAUUGCACCAUGUAUUUUGUUGUAUUGGUGAAGGUAUCUGUCCUGCAAGUUAAUUCAGAGUUAAAAAACUGACCACUCAAAACAAGAAUUGAAAGAGACUUCUACUUAUCAGUAAGUAUAACUCUGAGAUGAUUCAAAUCUUUUACAUCUUCAGCAAGCUUACCUAGUGUUUCAAUAUGAAUGCAUUCCAAUUGGACAAAGUUGACCUAUUCUUGUUUAAUUUUUUAUCACCAUAUGACUGCAUUUAUAUGAAUAUUAAUCUAAUAACUCUUUAGAAGCUGUUUUGUGUUCCUUAUAGACACAUUCUUCUCCCCACCUGCUGUCUCUUCUUUUUUCAUGUGCAUUUUAAACUACGUUUUUUUGUAUACAAUUGCACUUUUAAAAAAAUAUUUGUCUAUGAAAGUCCUCUACUAGCAAAUUUAUGCAACUAAGCUGUAUCUGUGAUUUUCAGUACAGUAUACUGUAUUCAGUAAGCUUUACUUUAGUAAGAUUGAUUUAAUAUUUUGUAUUCAAGUGAUAUUAAGUAUAUUCAAAGACUCUGACAUUCUCAGUUUAAAAUUUGAGUGAAAACUUCUUUAGACAUACUGCAUCUUUUGAAAACGUGCUGUCUAAUUGGACUAUGUUAUCAACUUCACCUCCGAAUCAAUGGCAUCAUUGGGACCAAACUGCAUAGCGUUAACAUUGUUUUCUUAAUUGCUCUUUCAACAUGUAACCACAUACAGCCCUAUGUUCUUCUUUAAAUAGAGUCUAUUCCUUAAGUCUUACAAUUAGUACUUUUACAUAUUUCCAAAGAUCUCUUUUGGGGUGAAUAUUUUGUAAUACCAACACUAUAUGUGAAGAGAAAAGUUACACUAAUGAAUUUACUGAUAAGUUGUUUUUAAAACAAAAAAUAUAUUUUUGAUUGUUUGUCUGA